GGGGCUCUCCGCGCAUUAUGAUGGAGUGAGCCGAGACUACUGUCCAGCUCCCAGCAAGAGAAGAGCUCCUCCUCCCUCCCCUGCGAUGAGGUAGUUGGUAAGACCGAGCGCUGGUUAAUCACCAAUUUCUUGAGUCCGCGCGUCGCGUCCUCUGUCUUAAAAGUCCUGUCAUGCAUGCAACGUCACCGCCGUUGCGCGCCUGACCUCCUGCGUUUUAAACCACGGUUUUUGUUUGUUCAUCGCCCGGCAUGGGAGAUCAGAGUGAGCCGACCAUGGUGCAGAAGUCGACGUCGUUCAGCAUUAAGAGUCUGUUACUCCCAUCGAAGUUUGACAAUGAAGGCGCGGAGCGCAGCGGUAGCCCGGCACCCGUACAGGACUUAGACAAACCCCCGGAAGCGUCCGAGAUGGACCCCGCGCAGCGGGACGCGGAGGAGCAGCCGUCUAAAAAGGUAAAGAAAUUCGACAAGCCUCCGUUCAGCUACAACGCGCUCAUCAUGAUGGCCAUCAGACAAAGUCCUGAGAAGCGGCUCACGCUCAACGGCAUCUACGAGUUCAUCAUGAAGAACUUCCCGUAUUACCGGGAGCACAAGCAGGGCUGGCAGAACUCCAUCCGGCACAAUCUGAGCCUCAAUAAGUGCUUCGUGAAGGUGCCGCGGCAUUAUGAUGAUCCUGGGAAAGGGAACUACUGGAUGUUGGAUCCCUCCAGCGAUGAUGUGUUUAUCGGCGGAACCACCGGGAAGCUCCGCCGGCGCUCGGCGACCUCGCGGGGCAAGCUGGUGAUGAAAAGGGGCCUCCGCUUCGCGCCCCUCGGACUCGGACUGGGCGAACGCCCGAGCAACCCGCUCUACUGGCAGCUGUCUCCGUUUUUACCCCUCCACCACUCGCACUAUAACGGCUCCACGCACGGAUUUCUAAACCAAGGACACGCGUACGGAUCGUUUCUCCCGGGCGUCGAGCCGCUGGGGAACGGGGAUAUGUCUCGCCCUAUUUUGGGAGCCUCUAGCGGGAGUAUCAACGGGUACGGCGUGUCUCCGUCGUCCGCCGCCGGAUUACUUUCAGGGCACAAUGGAUACUACGUACCGGGCGCGCAGCAGCCGCAGCCGCUCCCGAGCGCGCCGGGAUACGGCAUCUCCAGCUCCCCGUCCCCGCUGCUGUCGGAUUCCCUAAGAACUAGUUUGCCGUCCUUCACAGCACCACUUUCUAGCGGACUUCUGUCUCAACACAAACGCGUCGCGCCCAAUUCGUUUCUAAGCUGAGCAUUGCGCGUCCUUUCCAAUGGGAAUAUCCAAACUUUCCUAGAAAACCUCGCCACGAAACGUGCAAGAUAUCCUUUGUUGUGUGAGGACUGUGCGUCUGGAUUUUUUGUUCUUGUCUAUUUAAGAUUAUUUUGUAAUAGUAGUAUCAUGUUAUGCCAAAGGCAAUAACCGUAUGUUUGUUUUUCUUUUUCUUUCUUUUUUUUUUAAAAAGUGUUAUUUAUAGUAUUUCUUUGUGAAUAAU